GGAACCGGAAGCUCUCCCCGGCGGUUCUGCUAAACCAGAACUGGCUGAGUUGCUCGCUGAGUUCUUUUUCUUCCGCAGCUGGUGCGGUGAGCGCUGGUUGCUGAGGGUUUCGGUCCCAACUGCUAUCAGUAGUGAUCCAGCCAUCCGCACUCCUGCGCGGUCGGGGUUCCCUGCUUCCACUGAAGAACGGAACCAUGGAAGACAAACCACUGCUAGUAUCUAAACAGAAGACAGAAGUGGUGUGCGGUGUGCCCACCCAGGUGGUCUGCACGGCCUUCAGCAGCCACAUCCUGGUUGUGGUGACCCAAUUCGGGAAGAUGGGUACACUAGUCUCCUUGGAGCCCAGCAAUGUGGCCAAUGACAUCAGCAAGCCAGUGCUCACCACAAAAGUCCUCCUCGGGCAGGACGAGCCUCUCAUCCAUGUCUUUGCAAAGAACCUGGUAGCGUUUGUGUCGCAAGAAGCAGGAAACAGAGCCGUCCUCCUAGCCAUGGCGGUGAAGGACAAGAGCAUGGAAAGGCUGAAGGCCUUGAAGGAGGUGAUCCGGCUGUGCCAGGUGUGGUGACCUGCAGUCGGCAGUGCCAGAUGCUCAGAGGCAUGGACGCUCGGUGAGCGGGCCUUUGAAACCCAUCGUUCCAGCGUCAGGACGGAGCUCAUUCUCUGCCUUUAGCUCUCAAAGCUGGAAACAACACUCAGGUCUCAGGGACUCUUCCUGCGUGACUGCUGUGUUCUGCCUAGAACACUGGACACGGUUCUGGACGGCAGCAGGUGCAUCCACUGAGUGGACAUCAGUGACCAGUUUUGGGGAUUAGUAACCCUGGGUGUUCGGGAGCACUUGUGGGAAGAUUUUUUUAUUACUAUUAUUAUUAAAAACAAAUGUAAAAUAC